GGACCCUGCGUCGCUGCAGCGGCUCGCCUGCAGUCACUGCGCCAGGAAUCAAACCCUCCAAAAUCCUUAAUCUAUCGCUGCAAAUCCACUGACUGCAAGAAGAGCAGCAAACGAACCUGUUUUCCUCGCAGUCACAUCACGCUUCGUCUGCCCGACAACUGACCUUUUGUGCUCAGUUCCGAUGAUUAAUUCGUGUUAGUGCGUCUGGUCCAGCGCACACUGAGGUCACAUAUGAUGCACAUGCGAACGAACUGAAACACUAUCAUUUAAAGCCGCAGAGAUGUCAGUCGCGUCUGUCCAGUGCCUGAUGUUGGGUUCAGUUUUCCUGGUUUUGGUGUGUGCCGAGGUUCUGAGCGCUGGUCCAGCACUCCUACCCAACCCUCUCCGCUCCCACGGGCCAGUUCUGGAUGUUCCCGAAGGCUUUAAGGAACACGAUGAGGUCUCGAGGGAUCGCAGGCCUGGCUUCAUGGAGAGUUCUCAGGAGAGCUCUGGAUUCUUCAGCGAAGACAGUGAGGAUGGCAAGAACGCUCAAAUCGAGACCAAAGACAGCGGUGUUGACCUAAGUGCCAUGAAUGAGCGCUGUCUGAUGCCCAAGAAGGUGGGACCUUGUCGUGGGGCGAUCCCUCGCUGGCACUUUAACCCCGUCACUAAAAAGUGUGAAAACUUCAUAUUUGGGGGCUGCAGAGAGAAUCGCAAUAACUUCCGGUCACUGGAGGAGUGUGCCAAAGCUUGCCACACAGUCUCUGAUUACAGCCCUUCAUCCCCAGAACCACCAUCUUCACCACUUUCUCUGAGCCAAAAGCCCAUUGUGACGAACCUCUCUUCCUCAUUGUUUGUCCCUACGACUGAGUCUGUGGACCCGGAGCGGUGGGAGAGUGAUUCAGAAUCGAGUGGCUUCUCUCUGCACCCCUCCCCGGGGCCGUCAAUCGCAGGUGCCCAAGACCACGCCCACUCCACUGCCAUGCCUCGUCUCCUUGGACUCGCACGUCAGAACCAGCCAGAGGCCACAGCUGGGCCUGACAGGCAUCUGACAUCUGACGACCCGUUUGAUGACGAGAGGGGCCAUGAGGUAACACAAGCGCCCACGGCUACUGAAAUCGGCCCCCUGCCCAGCCGGGAGCCCCUGCAGUCUGACAAACCACACCUGGAUGAUUCUGAGGAAGAGGAGGACGAGGAAGAGUUGGUGGUUUUCCCCACCGCACUGGAUGAGGAGGAAGAGGACGAAUGGCGGUACCUCACGCCGCUCACAACCGGACCCUCAUCCUCCCCCACUUCAGACCUGCCGCCCGUGGUCUUCACCGAAACCGCCUGGCAGGGGGCGCCGCUCACCACAACGGAGGAUGAGGAGGGGGUGGAGCUUCGUCACGGCGGCACCGAAUAUCUCGCCGAAACGGAGCUUCACGACUCAGAGCUGUCACAGGAGGCCGAGCAGGUGAUUUGCGUCGACUGGAGCAACCUCGCAGGAAAGGGCUACGUUAUACUCAACAUGACGGACAACUUUGACUGUACCCCAGUAAGCGAACACAUACAUUGCUCAGGCAUGACAGAAUGCUUUCAGCACAAUCAGACUCGAUGCAUCACUGAACAAAUCAUCCCUCCAAAAGACGUGCUGCCAAUGCUGGGGGAAAUCAGAAGAGGUCUAUACGAGAUCGGAAUUCAGAAUUAUUCGACCGUGAACACGUGCCACUCGAGGCCCAGUCAGACCCGUAGCGACUACGGCAAGCUGUUUGUGGUUCUAGUGAUCAUCGGAUCGGUUUGCGUGCUCAUUAUUGCUUCUGGAAUCAUCUAUAUCUGCUGGCAGCGUCGUUUACCCAAACUCAAAAACAUGUCGAGAGGCGAAGAGCUUAACUUUGUGGAGAACGGUUGCCAUGACAACCCUACACUGGAUGUAACCAGCGACAGCCAAUCAGAGAUGCAGGAGAAGAAACACAGCUCCAAUGGGGUGGCGGCGGGCGGGGACGGGGGAAACGGUUGGCAGGUGCUCGUCAAUAAGCCCGGGAAAGAUGAAGAAGACAACCAGGAGGAAGACACGCACCUUUAAUCCCGGGAAAAACAAUCAGAAAAAACGGCAUGGGAAAGCAGAAUCGCAUUACAGACUAUGAAGGCACAAAACAUUUUCAAGCUUUUUCAAAACAUCUGCUUUAUAAAAUGUGAUGUCUUUUGGCUUGUAUAACGUUUUUCUUUAUCUGCAUUACUAAAUUCAAAGUGCUUUAAAAUGCGACUUGUAUGAUAUGACAAUUUUCAGUGCAGAAUUUAUUUAAAUCGAACGUGUCAAACAAUCAGUGAGGCAUUUUAUCAUUUAAAAUUUGUUACAAAUUUCUUAGAAAAAUUGUCUCUUGCACUGUUGAAGCAAUAGUUCACUCCAAAACGUGAAAUAUGUCGUGUAACUCGCACACGUGGUUCCAAAUCUAUGCAGUUAUGGUGCGUUCAAGUCAUGUCGGGUAGAUCGUAUUUAUGAGUUGAACGCACAUGAACGCC